AUGGAUGUCAAGGACAUUGUCGAGGAAGGACAGCUGAAGGAAAUGUUGAACAUCUUCGACGUAAGCAACUACCUCCAAUGGCUGGCCUGGUAUGUCAAGUCCAUGAUAGUUUUAUUCAUAGUUUCGUUGGUCAUUACGAUUCUUUGGACGGUGUUCAAUCUGCCCGCCUCCGAGGAGGGACAACCGUUUGCCGGAAUGGCCGUUCUCCCUCACACCGACUGGUCGGUCUUUCUCUUCUAUCUGCUUGUGUGUUGCCACUGUUUGCUCUGCUUUGGCUUCCUGGUCAGCUCCUUCUGCGACCGCAGCAGUUGGUGUGCCAUCAUUGCCGUUCUCCUGUUCCUGGCCAGCUCUUUGCCCAUGUGCGGAGUACUAUCCCCGCCCGGGCUGUUUCCUGCCAGACCCAGCGACGAGGAGCGACCUUCGUACAGGUCUUCGCAACUAAAGCACUCCAAGUUCGUGGAUGCCAACGCCAGAGGCAAGACCCCUGGAGUACAAAUCAAGAAUCUCAGCAAAAUCUUUGGCAAGCGACAGGUGGUCGCUGGCCUCACAUUCGAUUUGUUUGAGAACGAGAUCAUGGUGCUCCUGGGUCACAAUGGAGCUGGCAAGACCACGACCAUACAAAUGUUGACGUGGACCAUUCAACCCAGCUCCUGCACUGCGAUCAUAAAUGGCUACGACAUACAAACCGAUCGUCUCCAGGCCCGUCGAUCCCUCAGUAUUUGUCCGCAGCGAAGCGUCUUCUUUGGUGGCUUAAGUGUGGCAAGCCAUCUUCGAUUCUACAGCCGUCUCAGAGGCCUAAAGGGGGCAGCGGUCAAACAGGAGGUGGACAAAUACAUUCAGAAGCUUAGCCUAAAGGAGAAGGCCAUGAGCUCGGCCAGAAGUCUCACUGGCGGCACCCAGCGACGGCUGGCCCUGGCCUGUGCCCUGUGCGGAAACGUCAAGGUUCUGUUCAGCGACGAGCCCAGUUCGGGCCUGGACCCCAACUGGCGGCACGAGCUGUGGAAGCUGCUGCUGAUUGAGAAGCAGGGGCGCACCAUUCUGCUCACCACACACCAAAUGGACGAGGGCGAGGUAUGCUCCGAUGGCCGGCUCCGUUGCCUGGGCACAUUGUCGUUCCUCAAGAAGCAAAACGAAACCAUCUAUCUGCUCACCUGCGAGAAGGGCCCCAACUGCAAUGUGUCCAGGUUGACCCAACUUAUAGCCGCCCACGUGCCCAACACGCUUCCGCAUACUAACAUUGGAUUAGACGUGUCCUAUCGACUGCCGCACUGCUUCUUGGGAUCCUUUGGGUCAGUGUUCAACGACUUGGAGCAGCAGAAGGAGCAGCUGGAUGUUGUGGGAUUUGGUCUUAGCUCCACCAGUCUGGCAGACAUAUUUAUGUCGCACGGUGCGGAAGAUCUAGGGGGCAGCGGGGGUCGAACCAGCGGCGGAUGAGCGAGUCAGAGACAAAGUCAGGAGCAGAACCGCCAUCAAAACUUUUGCCUGCGCUACCUGGGCCAGUGGGAGGCCAUGCUGCUGGUUUUGCUGCUGCUGCCCAUAGUCCUCAACAUUCUAGUCCUGAUUCGAAAGCCAUCGGAGGGCUCGAUGCUGAAGAGGCUGCCGAUAACAUUAGCCGACUAUAAAAGCGAUGACGUCAAGAUAAUAUUGCAAUCCACCUCGAACACUGGCCCUGCGCGGGAUAUAGCCAAUGCAUUCCAAGAGUUAACCCAGCAAUACGUCUCCGUUGAUAGAAACAGUCUGAAUAUAGAAGAAUACAUCGGGAAGGGACAAGAAACUCCCGAGCGGAUAUACGAAUUGAAGCGCAGUCUCAUAGCAGCAGCUACCUUCGACCAAGAGGCUAUCGCCUGGUGUAGACACCGUGUCUUCCUUCAUAGUGCUCCUCUUUCGCAUAACCUUGUAUUCAACGCCAUGGCCAAAGCGGUGGUAGGCCCCGAGGCGAGUAUAGAGGUAACCAAUGCCCCGUAUCAAGGGGAGAAAGGAGGGCGUGAAAAAAUGAUGUCUUCCAUCCUGGCCAUUUGUGUCAUGCUAUAUUUGGCUAUUGUCUUGGGGAUGUUCGGCAUGUUAGUGGCGCAGGAGAACGUAACGCAGACGCGGAUGCAGCAACAAGUAUCCGGAGUGAACAUGGCCACCUAUUGGCUGUCCCAUUAUAUCACGGACUUGGCUCUAUACUUUGUGUUUUCGCUGGCACUGUUGCUGGCGGUGCAUGAGCUAUGCCAUCCCGGGGAAAUGCUUUCGAUUCUCUUGCUCAUCGGAGUGGCGGGUCUGCCAUUUACCUACAUGAUGGCAGGCCUUUUCAGGGACUCUGGCACGGCGGUGGUCAUAAUGAUUAACUUCAAUAUUGUAGUCGGUGUUAUUUUGGCCUUCUUUUUAGCAUUGUUCUUUGUGUCGAUUAGCUUGCCUGUUAAACGUCUGAUUAUAGACAUAUUUUACCUCUAUCCUGUGCUUACUGGCUUUUUCGCUGUUGCAAACAUCUUUUUAAGGUUUCAACAGUGCCAGUCUGCUGACAACAGAGCAGAGGAAUCUUAUGAAAUGUUUGAAACGUAUGAUAUGUCCUGUACUCCCGGAUUAACCUUUGCGAUGGACGCUUUCUCUUGCCUUAACCUUCUGGAUUGGGUGGAGCUGAGGUAUCUGCUUAUUUGUGGUUUUAUCUACAUGUUGUUACUGAUAUUUGCCGGAUACAUGACCAUGUUGUGGUAUGGCAUAAAACAUAUCUUAUGUCGUUGCUGCAAGCAAAAUGUAACAAGCAACGAUGCAGAUGUGGCAGCUGCGGCCGAAAGGAUAAGUGAAAUGUCGGGCGAGGAUCGCAACAAGCACGCUUUGGUCCUGAACCGAGUCUCGGAAAGGUACUUCCGCAUGUCUGCCGUAAGGGGAAUAUCAUUUGCUGUCAAACCUGGCGUGUGCUUUGGCCUGCUGGGCGCCAAUGGGGCAGGCAAAACGACUACCUUUAAGAUGAUUGUGGGCGACAUUGGCAUGACGACUGGGAAUAUUCACGUGAGUGGCUGCAGCCUUAUGAUACGUCCCACGGCAGCGAGGAAGCAGAUCGGCUACUGCCCCCAGCACGACACCCUCUUCGACUUCUGCACUGGCCGUCAAACACUUAGGAUCUUCCUUCUGCUACGUGGCACACGCCGGAAUCUCCUCAAGGAAGCCACCGAAAAGUUGGCCUCCGACUUUGGCUUUUUUGCACAUUUGGACAACAAGGUCAAGGACUACAGUGGCGGCACUAAGAGGAAGUUAAACGCAGCGGUGGCCAGCGAGGGCUCAUCGCUCAUUUGUCUGGACGAGCCCAGCUUUGGAGUCGAUCCGGCGUCCCGGCGCCAUGUGUGGAACGUCCUCUCCUCACUGAGGGACAAGGGGAAGGCGGUGGUGCUUAGCUCUCAUAGCAUGGAGGAGGUGGAGGCCCUGUGCACGCAAUUGGCUAUUAUGGCGGACGGGCAAAUUCAUUGCCUGGGGUCCCAGCAGCGCAUCAAGAAUAAGUUUGCCCAGUGCCUGGUGCUCAAGUUACAUGUGCCGCUUAACAUGGUGCACACUCUACAGAAGGCAAAGAAUCAAAUGGAAGCGGACUAUCCCACGUCAUCGCUUGAGGAAGAGUUUGGUGGCAGGCUCACUUACCACAUACCCACUGAAAAGCUGCGAUGGUCUAGGGUUUUCUCCUACAUUGAGAGGAAUCGCAGCCCCUGGAAGCUGGCGGACUACUCUCUGACACAGCCGUCGCUGGAAGAUGUACUGCUGGACAUUGCCAAGAAGAAAGCGAUUGAAAAGAAUCAACAAACUGAUCAAACAAAUAAUCAACAAAAGAUUCAAAGCAGGCCAGUGCAGAGACGUGCCACAAGAAACGAGUCUCCGAAAGCUGAUAAAGACAAAGGCCGAUCCCCUAGAGAAAACAAAGAUUAAGCCUGUACAAAUGCAAAGUGAUUGCUGGUCCAACUUCUAAGCUAAAUAA